AUGAAAGACCAAGUCGAUGGAUUGAAAGCCAUCGGCAUCAAGGCGGAGUACAUCAACAGCUCCCUGUCUUAUGAGGAGACGACGCGCAUCCGUGGGGAAGUCCUCCGCGGCGAGGUGAAGAUCCUUUACGUUUCACCUGAACGACUGGCGUUGGAAGGAUUCCAGAACUUCCUGAAAAACCUCACGGUAAGUCUUGUUGCGGUUGAUGAGGCGCACUGUAUCUCGGAGUGGGGUCAUGACUUCAGGCCGGAAUACCGUGGGCUUGGGGCUUUGCGACGGAGUAUGCCAGAGGUGCCGUUCAUCGCUCUCACAGCAACGGCCACGCACCGGGUCCGAGACGAUAUCGUCACGCAGCUCGGUUUGAAAUCGCCCAAGCGCUUUGUCGCGAGCUUCAAUCGGGCGAAUCUUUCGUAUGAGAUCCGAACGAAGCAAAACGCGUUUGGACAGAUUGUCGAAUUGUUGGAGGUUCGUCAAGGCCAAGCGGCGAUAAUUUACUGCUUCUCACGCAAGGAGACGGAGGAGAUAGCUGUCGACCUUCGACAGUUGGGAUUCGCUGCUAAACCGUACCACGCUGGGAUGGACUCGGAGGCCCGCCGAAGGACGCAAGAGGGAUUCAUCACCGGCGAAUUCACGAUAGUCGUGGCGACGAUUGCGUUUGGAAUGGGCAUCGACAAACCGGACGUCCGGCUCGUGGUCCACUACUCUCUUCCAAAAUCUCUGGAGUCCUACUACCAAGAGACCGGGCGCGCAGGAAGGGAUGGCUUGCCGAGCGACUGCGUACUCUUGUACUCGUAUGGCGACAAGUCAAAGCAAGAAUUCUUCAUCAAUAAGAUCGACGACCAUAUUGAACGUAAAAAAUCACAAGAUCAGCUUAACAAGGUCAUCGAAUUCAGCCAAUUGACUAGUUGUCGCAGACGUUUUCUCCUCGAAUACUUCGGCGACGACACGAUUUCCCAAGGCGAGAAACAGAACAAUUGUGGAGGUUGUGAUGUCUGCUCAACACCACGCGAAAAAUUCGAUGCCAAGAUCAUUGUGCAGAAGAUUCUGUCGGCAAUUAUCCGGACCGGAGAGCGGUUUGGGAUCGCCCACGUCAACGAUGUGCUGCUCGGUAGUAGGCGCAAGAAAGUCCUAGAGUUCGGGCACGAUUCUCUCAGCGUCUAUGGCAUCGUCAAAGAUUACGACCGGAACGAACUAAGAGAGAUCGCGGCUAUGUUGGAAGCGGAGGGUCUGAUUGUCAAGAACGAAGGCGAGUACCCAACAUUCAGAGUGACCGAAAAAGGUCGCCGAUUUUUGAAAAACGGCGAGUCAUUGACACUGUCGAAACCGCAACGCGUUGAACCGCCUCGACGAACCAGAGUUUACGCAGCGAUGGCGGAUAAUCCGGAUCUUUUCGAACGGCUGCGUCGGCUGCGAUUGGAUAUCGCGCGAGAACUCGGAAUUCCACCGUACCUGGUUUUCGGUGAUGCCAGUCUCCGUGACAUGUCCGCGAAGGUUCCACGAAACCUUGCUCAAUUCGCGUUGGUUUCUGGAGUCGGUUCGGUAAAACUGGAACAAUACGGUGAAAAGUUUUUGGCGGAGAUAACCGAAUACACCGAACACCAUCCGACAGCAACCAAUGGCGUCGGAACAUCUCGCGACGACCGCCCUACUGUCCGUCGGACGCCCAACACGCACCGCAGCGGUUCGACCUAUGCUGAAACAAGAGAAUUCCUGAAUCAAGGAAUGUCGGUCGAUCAAGUAGCGCAUCGCCGCGGACUGGCCUUAGGCACGAUCAUCAGCCACGUUGAGAUGAUGGUCGGAAACGGUAUGACGGUCGAUUUAGCAUCGUCGCUGCCAAAGUCAGAUCGAAUGGCCAAGAUCGAGUCUGCUUUCAGCGAAGUUGGCGGAAUUCAGGCAAAACUCGCAGAAGUCAUGAAGACACUCGAUGACGAGAUCCCUUACGAGGAUGUACGCAUUGUCAGAGCGCAUCUGACGCAAUCAAUCAACGGAGUUAGUUAG